CCACAACGAAGUUAUAGAGGUGGUGAUUUCAUACAAUCUAUAUUAAUAAACAAGUAUAAGCUUCAAUAAGCUUUGGCGGAUGUCGCGGAAGAUUACCCAUAAUUAAUAAUAGUCCCCCACUGGUGUCUUGCCCGCGGGAGGCGAUCUUCAACACCCGGCACCGCUGUCUUGGGCGGUUCCUGGAAGUGCCUUGGCUCCCCCUCCCGCGGGAAUGGUGACGAACAACUGGGUCGAAUUAGUCUCGAUGCCUCAGGAAUGCAUACUUACUAUACGGACUCUCCACACACGCCAACUACAUAUGGAAUCCUAGAUACCAUAGGGGGAUGAGACUAUUCCAUCAUUAACUUGAUGUACUUACGCCGAGUCGCGUCAUAGAAUAGCUGCUUUGCACACUGGCGCGAUAGAUGUCCUUGCACGUACGCCUUUACGAUGGCAUAUCGUUGUCGUCAAUAUUGAACUCAAAUGUUUUCGCCUGCUGUGGCGGGAGAGGGGAUUAUACGCUACGCCUUCGAGGCCAGGGCUUCGGGAGGGCUAUAAGAAGCCCCUUUAUCUCCCCCAUAUUCGGCUAUAAUCUUUCUACAUCUCAAGCUUCAUCUCAAUCUUCAAUAGACAGAUCAAUAUUAUACUGCACAUUCACCCAUUGCCACCAACAUGCAGGUCACCAAGUCUCUCCUAGCAGUCUUCCUGCUCCUCGGCUCUAACGCCUUGGCCGCACCUGCUGCCGCGGACGCGGUCGUGCCCCUCGACGAGCGCACUGCCCUUGAGAACCCCGACGCCAAAAUUGAGGCUAGAGAUGGCCCUGACUACGGGGACCAUGAUGACAAACAUGCAGCAUCGUGGGGCGGCGGACACGGCUGGGGGGCCAGGGACGGCCACUCUCAGCUGUGGUCGCGAGAUGAUGAACACGAUGACAAGAACGAUAAGGAUAAGAACGACAAGGAAGUGCACGACAAACACUAUGGCGGAUAUGGUGGUGGCUGGGGCGGACGUGGUGGUGGUUGGGGUGGACGUGGCGGUGGUUGGGGCGGGUACGGCGGCGGAUACGGCGGCGGAUAUGGUGGUGAUGGUUGGGGCCGCGGUUGGGGCGCCAAGGCCGAGAAGAGAGAAGAGCAAGCGGAAGCGGAGAGAUAUCGCCACCAUCACCAUCACCACGGUGGUGGGUACGGCGGCGGACGUGGUGGUGGUUGGGGCAGCAAGGCAGAGAAGAGGGAUGAGGGUGACGCGGAGGAGUAUCGUCACGGUGGCCGCGGUGGUGGACGUGGUGGACGUGGACGUGGUGGUGGUCGCGGUGGUCGCGGUGGCCGCGGUGGUGGCCGGGGCGGCAAGGAGUAAAUUAAGGUGAUAAAUACUUAUACAUAUGAGUAUAUAUAUGAUUGAGGGUUGGUUACUGGGAAAAUUGGAAAAACAAAAC